GGGGAUUGAAACGAGUUGGGAGUUUGAGUCGAGUGAACCCCCGACAGACAUCAGCGUGUCCAACAAUAGGUUCUAUUUCUGAUACCAGGGUUAUCACUGCACUCAUCCCAUGUCUCCACCCCUCUCUCUCUCUCUUUCUUCAUCCCGCUGCCUCGUUAUAUCUGACUCUGUCGCUCCACUGCCACAGAAUCAUGGCCGACAGAAACAGUGCGAAGAAGAAGCCGGAGAAGAAGAAGGGCGAGGAGAAGGAGAAGAGUGUGAAGAAGUCGGAGAAGGUGGUCAAGAAGACGCAGAGCAGGACGGAUGAGGAGAAGAAGAAGGCAGAGGAGGGUGGAGGAGCAGCAGCAGGAGCAGCAGCAGCAGCAGGAGCAGCAGCAGCAGGAGCAGCAGCAGCAGGAGCAGGAGCACCAGAGGAGGCCAACACUGAAGGAAAUGGAGAAUUUCAGCCCAUCGAGCUGCCGCCGUUCCAGAUUGUCACAGGGGAGCAGAUGAGUCCGUUUUACUUCAAGUUCCAGUUCAGGAACGUUGAAUAUUCCUCAGGGAGGAACAAAACCCUCCUGUGCUUCAGAGUGGAUGCAGCAGGGGGCAGCGCUGAGCCUGUGAAAGGUUAUAUGGAGGACGAACACGCUACAGCCCACGCUGAAGAAGCCUUCUUUCAGCAGGUUCUCCCAAACCCCUCGCAGGAGUGCGAUGUCACAUGGUACGUGUCCUCCAGCCCCUGCGUGGCGUGCACAGCCGCGCUCACCGCUGUCCUGCAGCAGCGGAAGAAGCUGCGUCUCUGCAUAUUCUGCUCCCGCCUGUUCGAGUGGGAGCAGCCCGAGAUCGUGGAGGGCCUGCGCGCUCUCGCCAACGCCGGCUGCAAACUGCGCAUGAUGAAGCCGUCGGACUUCCAGCACGUGUGGGACACGUACGUGGAGAAGGACGACGAGAGCUUCGCGCCGUGGGAGGACUGUCAGGACAACUAUGAGUACUACGUGGGGAAACUGACUGAAAUCCUUAAGUAGAUUUGGGUUUGCACGAGAUCUUCCCACGACCUGAGAAAAAUCACCAAUUCAACAAAAAUCACCUUUUCUUUCAAAGAAAUCUCCUUUCAUCAUUUUUUAUUAUUUUUUUUUUAUUUGACAACUUCACAGGGAAAACACAAAAU